AUGUCGGCGCAUACGAUUAAACGAAGGAAGCUUAGUCCUUCGCCCGAUGCCUCUACAUCCCACACCAAGUCGUCAGGUGAUUCGACACCGAAGAACCCCAAGGCAGGAUACGAGAACACGGCUGCCUUGCGAAAAAAUGAUUCGACAAAAUCCCAAGCGGGCAGCAGGGGAAAAGACGAGCGCUCGGCUGAGCUUGCCAUGGCGAGCGGCUUCUACAAAUCUAGCUUCUUCAAACUGCAGAUGGACGAGUUGUUAACCGGGCUAAGACCGAACUACGACAAGCGAAUCUCGAAGCUCCAAGAUACCUUGCACAAGUUGAAGAACGCAAUCGAAAACCUUCCUGAGAACUCACCAAAAUCUGUCGCAGAAGCCGAGAAGGAGCUACGCGAUGUUUCAGGCCUAGUGGUGCCAUGGCCCGAGCCUCGACCGGCCAAAGAUACCAAGUAUACCGUGUCGUAUGCGAAGCCAACAAACAUCAAUGUGGUAGGAAGUUUUGCUCUGCGGACGGGAGCCAAAACCUCGGACGGUCGCUCUGUGGACAUGGCCGUGACAAUGCCUAGUUCUAUCUUCCAGGAGAAAGACUAUGUCAACUAUCGUUACUUCCACAAGAGAGCAUACUAUGUCGCUUGCCUGGCGGCCGGUAUCCGGGAUUCCAUGAACGAGCUUGGACUGGAAGUCAAGUUCGGCCUUCAAGACGGAGACAGUCUUCGCCCACUGAUCUUGCUGGAGCCUCGGUCUACUUCGAAGGACGAUCAAACGUCCUCGCGGGCGCGAAUUAGGAUCUUGACUGCAAUUGAUCCGACGCUUUUCCCCAUUACUCGGACGCUACCGAUGAAGAGCAAUGUUCGACAGGGCUCUUCUGCUGAUCAGUCCGAUAUUGGCGAGCCGACCCCAUUCUACAACGCUAGCCUCCGGGCCGAGGCCACCGUCUCUCAGUAUCAUAAAUAUCUCCACUUGGCUUCUCAGAAAUGCGAGUCGUUCCGUGAUGCAUGCAUCUUGGGUCGAACUUGGCUGCAACAACGUGGCUUCCAUCCUUCUUUCCAGCAUGGAGGCUUUGGAGGCUUUGAGUGGACGGCCCUUAUCUCCCUUCUAUUUGAAGGCGGCGGACCCACUGGACAGCCGAUUCUCAUGAGAUCUUACAGUAGCUAUCAAAUCUUCAAGGCUACUCUACAGUUCCUUGCCGGUAGGGAUUUGACCACUCCCUUGCUUCUUUUCGCUAGUGAUGUCCCUGUCCCUACGGGAGGACCUGUUUUGUACGAUGGCCGCCGAGGAUUGAAUCUUCUUUACAAGAUGACUCCAUGGUCCUAUGCGGCGCUCCGCCAUGAAGCUAACAACACCCUCAAAAUGCUUAACGAGUCGCGAGAAGACAACUUUGACAGGGUUUUCAUCGUGAAGGUCGACGAACCGGCGUUGAGAUUCGAUCGCCUCAUUUCCUUCUCCAAGUCAUUCACUGGUGAUACCAUUCGAGCUCUUCGCGAGCAAAACUCGUUGUACAGCGUACUUUCGAGGGCCCUCGGAGACCGCGUCAAACUGAUCUCCUUUGCGAGUGACAGCGCUGGAGCUUGGUCUAUUCGAUCGAAAGCUCCGAUCAAGAAAGCGAGCCACAAUCUCUCCGUGGGACUCCUGCUAGACGCCGACAACGUGGGUCGUGUAGUCGACCAUGGGCCCCCAGCGGAAGAGAAGGAGGAGGCAGCUUCUUUCAGAGCCUUUUGGGGAGAGAAGGCAGAACUUCGGCGAUUCAAGGACGGGAGUAUCCUGGAAAGUUUGGUGUGGUCCGACCAACCUUCGGAGGAAUCAAUUGUGCAUCAAAUCUUAGCUUACAUUCUGAAUCGGCAUUUCCAGGUGGAUGAGCAAGAUUUCCUUCUCACUGGUGAUGAGUAUGAUGAACUCCUCUUUGACGAAGGCGACGGCGUGGUGGCAUACUCCAACUCGCCUUUCCAGUCAAUCAACGAAGCUUUCAAAGAGCUCGAGCGAUCGAUUCGAGACAUGGAAGAGGUUCCAUUGGAGAUUCGCCAUUUGGCCCCGGCGAGCCCGUUGCUCCGAUACACUGCCCUUCGAGUGCAAGGCUCUGGUGGAGCCAACGAACCGGCAGACGUUGUUCUUCAAUUUGAAAGCUCUCCGAAGUGGCCUGACGACUUUGCUGCCAUUCAAAUGACAAAAGCGGCGUUCCUCGUCAAGAUCGGAGACUCGCUAGAGUCCUCGGGCGCGGCAUCAGGCUGUCGCGUAGGCUUGGAGAAUGAAUCCAGCAAGGUGCUCAACAAUGCAUACUUGGACAUUCCCCACACUUCAGGCUUCCUUUUCCGACUGAGAAUCCACCAUGAACGUGAGCAGACGCUACUUGAGCGUCAGCUUAAGGACAAGGCCAUCAACCCUCGAGAACGAGAAGAAGUUGCCUUUGCUCUGUUCUUGUACAAGAAGCUCUUUGUGCAAACGCCGCGUCUGACCCAGGCGCUCCGGAGCCUCUGCACACGCUUCCCGCUGAUGUCGCCCACUAUCCGUCUUGUGAAGUAUUGGUUUACCUCCCACCUCUUCUCUGCUCAGGUCUCCGAGGAGCUGAUAGAGCUUUUGACAAUUCGAACUUUCACACAAUCUCAUCCAUGGGACUGCCCUUCGAGUAUCAUGACAGGAUUUCUCCGGACUCUGCACUUCCUCUCCCGUUGGGACUGGCAGCAUGAACCAUUUAUUGUCGACCUGGGUGGCGAUCUGACCCCGGAGAUCACCGAAGCUAUUCGCACUCGUUUCACCGCUUGGCGCAAUAUCGAUCCUGCGAUGAACAACGUGGCGCUGUUCGUCGCUUCUGACCUCGACAUUGAUGGCGUCACCUGGACCCAGUACGAAAUGCCCUCGAAGGUCGUGGCCGGUAGAAUGACCACGUUGGCAAAAGCAGCUGUGAACUUGCUACGGGCACAGAACCAAGAUCUUGACGUGCCGGAUCUUUUCCAGACAUCGCUUGCGCCCUACGACUUCGUCAUCCAUAUAAGCUCCAAGGCCUUGAGUGAUCGUCCCUCCGUGUCUAAAUACAAAAACCUGGUCGACAUGGGCACUUCCCGCAGCAGCAAGAUGGCCAUGGUGGAGUCAUUCGUGCAUGACGUUCAGGCCUGCUAUAAUCAAAGUGUUCUUCUCUUCCACGGCGACGAGCGCUGCGGCAUAGUUGCGGGUCUGUGGAACCCACAAAUGGUAAAGCCACGGGUUUGGAACCUGAAGACGGCAUACUCGACAGCGCCAGCACCCGAGGCCUCUCCAGGAGAAGCAGGAUCAAGUGAAGAUCAAUCAUCCAGCGAUUCUAAAUGA